AAAGAGACGACCUUUGAGACCCGAGAACUUCUCUCCAAAACAGGAAAAAAGGAAGAGUCUUUUGUCUCUCUUUUGGUCUCUCUCCCCCCCCUUCUCCAGGGAUCUACUCUCAGUCUAUAUCUCUCUCUCUGUAAGAAGAUUCCCACUUGAAAUUCUUCAGAAAAAGAUCCAAACUUUACUUCCAUCCAUCCUAUCACUAUCAAAGUCUUCACCUUUAAGUCAAUCAAUCAUCCAUGGCUGAUCAACAAACCCUAGAUUCCGACUCAACUUCUUCUUCCGCUUCAGAUCCGUCGCUGUUGAGAUCUCUCUCCUCAAGUAGACUCAACGCCGGAGCUCCAGAGUUCGUACCUGGACGAACUACUCCUCCUCCUCCUCCUCUUCCGCAGCCGCAGCCUCCGAGGAUGAUUAUCCCUCCUCCUCCGCCGCACGGUAUGCUUCACAUGUACCACCAUCAUCAUCACCAGCGUCCUUUCAACGUUCCUGUUCUUGGUCCUGUCCCAAUCCAGCCUCACCAUCUUCCUCAUCGCUUCCGUCAUCAGAACCAUCAGUAUGUCCCCGUGAGGAGCCAUCAGCAGCAGCGUGGAGGAGAUCAGGAGCCUGUGGAUUCGGUGGUGGUAGUGAAGAAGAGAGAUCAUCAUAAGAGAGAGUCUAAGAAGGAUGAGACUGAAGCUGGAGCAGGAGCUUCGGCUGUUAUUGAUCCGAAAACUGGUUUGUCUGAAGAUACUGUUCAGAAGAUUGUGAAUCAGGUUGAGUAUUACUUCAGUGAUUUGAAUUUGGCUACUACAGAUCAUUUGAUGAGAUUCAUUAGUAAAGAUCCUGAAGGAUAUGUGCCAAUACAUGUGGUUGCAUCUUUCAAGAAAGUUAAAGCUGUAGUGAGUGGUAAUUCUCAGCUUGCCACAGUGUUACAGAACUCAUCAAAGCUUGCUGUCAGUGAAGAUGGAAAGAAAGUGAGACGCAUAAAUCCUGUUACCGAGGCUGCACUAGAAGAACUUCAGUCUCGUAUAGUUAUUGCUGAGAAUCUACCUGAGGACCAUUGCUACCAAAAUCUGAUGAAGAUCUUCUCAACUGUUGGAAGUGUGAAGAACAUCCGUACCUGCCAGCCACAGAUUACUGGGAAUGCUGUUCCACCAGCAGCAAGAUCAGCCAAAAGCGAUGGUACUCUUUUCAGUAACAAGGUCCAUGCUUUUGUGGAGUAUGAGACAGUUGAGCUAGCCGAGAAAGCAGUUGCGGAACUAAAUGAAGCAGGAAACUGGAGGAACAGUCUUAAGGUCCGGUUAAUGUUAAAACCUCAGACAAAGGAACCAAAACAGGGUCAAGGGCGAGGAAAAAAAGGACAUGAUGUAGAAGUAGAACAUGAGGAAGAUGAUGCCACGGCAUCCGAGCAGCAGCAGCCGAUUGAGAAACAAUCUGAGGAGUGUUCUGGGGAAUGGGAUACACAUGUGCCAGAGCAGACAGUGAUAGUAGGAGAGGAGCAAGGGAAUGAGAAAGCGGCUGGACAGAGAAAAGGGCGUAGCAGAGGUAGGGGAAAGGGACGAGGACGAGGUCAACCACACCAGAACCAAAACCAAAACCAAAACCAAAACCAGAACCACAAUGGGCGUGGGAAUCAUCAUAAUCAUAAUCAUCACUAUCAACAUCAACAUCAAGUGGGAACACCACCUUCAAACAAUCCAAUGAACAGCAUGGAGCAGCAGCCAAAACAGCAACCACCGGGACCAAGGAUGCCUGAUGGGACAAGAGGAUUCUCGAUGGGACGAGGAAAGCCAAUCACGCUUCAGGCAGACUGAUCGAGUGCUGUGUUUGCAAAGAGGUGAUCGGGGUUCCACAAGGGAGAGAAAGAAAACCAGAGAGAGAGAGAGAGAGAAAAAGAGCUUUAUAUUCUUCUUACUUCAAAAAAUAACAUGUUUUGAAUUGCUCUUAAUCUUUUUACCUUACAAAGACAAAAAAACAAACAGCCUUUUUUCCCUUACAAGAAAGACAAUAGUGGUGUUAUAAGUGUCAUGAUGAAACUCAGAAACCAACUUUGAGUUUCUUAUGUAAACACUUUUAUAAUGAAAUAAUAACAACUUUGUGAU